AUGUCCCGCCACCCCGAAACCAACCCUCAUUUCGUCCGGCCACUCCAACCGCCACGCCGCGACGGCCACCGCCGUUCCACCCCACCACCGGUACUGAUAACUCCUCCGGUCAGCGGCCCAGCCACUCCUCCUCCCCCGCCGCACCACCACCGCCAGCAGGAAGCCCCCGACCCAGGCAACCAGCACUUCCCUCUCCACGUCGACGACGAGUUACUCCCAACCCACAACAGGCCCUCGGGCCCAAUCCGCCACCAGGAACGCAGACAGUUUCGCAGCCCAUGGGCCAUACCACCACAUCACCCGCAGCAUCUUCCUUCCCAGCCGGCCCACGGCCCAGCCCACGACGGCCACUACCAAAGCCCAUGGGUACCCCCGCCCUCAUCCCACCCGACCCACGACCACGGCCCGCUCGUCACCGAUCCCCACCGCCACGACUCCCAAGAGCAACCGCCGCAGCAUCCACAACCACAACCACAACCGCCGCCGAAACAUCCACGUCACCACCGCAAGCAUCCGCCUCCGCACGACGGCGUCGGCCACCGGCGGGAACGGCGGGGCCCCGUGGUGCCGUCGCCGCGGAGGACCAAAAUCACGACGUGGUGCGCCGCCGUGUGCUGCGCGAUCUUCUGGAUCGCGAUCUUCCUCGGCGGACUGAUCGUCCUCGUGGUCUACCUCGUCUACCGGCCGCACAACCCGCGGUUCGAGGUCUCCGACGCGACGCUGAACGCGGCGUACCUCGACGCCGGGUCCCUGCUCAACGCCGACGUCUCGGUGCUGGCGAAUUUCACGAACCCUAACCGGAAGGUCGGAGUCGAUUUCGGGAGCCUGAUCGUGGAUCUCUACUACGGGAGCACGCUGAUCGCGACGCAGUUCAUCCAGCCGUUCUCCGCGAGCCGGGCCGGGUCGCGGUUCGUGAACCUGGAGCUGGUGACGAGCCAGGUCCGGAUCCCGCUGGAGGACAGCAAGAAGCUGGAGGAAGAGAUCGAGAAGAAUACGGUGACGUUUAAUGUGAAGGGUGUGUUUCGGGUUCGAUCCAAGCUCGGCACGUUCCUUGGGUAUUCGUAUAAGCUCUACGGUCAUUGUACGAUCGUCACGACUGGGCCUCCGAGUGGGAUCUUACGUGGAAGACGAUGCAUUACGAAGCGAUGA